CAGAUCCUGGCCCGGUCCCCGUCCCCUUCCCUCCCCCCUGCCCUAAGCCACCUCCACCUCUGUCCUGGCCGCCUCAGGGCGCCCUGAAAGGACCAGGACAUGCGGGUGCAGUGGAUGCUCUUUUGGCUCCUCUUUGGGCUCCUGCUGGAAUUUAUCAGCCAUCAGUGCAUCUCUGUUAUCAAUACUCUGGCUGACCAUCAUCAUCGUGGGACUGACUUUGGUGGAAGUCCUUGGUUAGGUAUCAUUAUUGAAUUUCUGAGAAGUUAUAAAGUUGUCAUUACCCUCUGGACAGUUUACCUUUGGGUGUCUUUCCUGAAGACUAUCUUCCAGUCUGAAAAUGGACAUGAUGGAUCCACAGAUGUACAGCAGAGAGCCAGGAGGUCCAACCGCCGUAGACAGGAAGGAAAUAAAAUUGGCCGGAAAGACGUCAUUACUCUACGGAGACAUGUGAAAACCAAAGUUCGAGCUAAAAUCCAUAAGAUGAAGGUGACAACAAAAGUCAACCAUCAUGACAAAAUCAAUGGAAAGAGGAAGACUGCCAAAAAACAGAAAAUGUUUCAACGUGCGCAAGCGUUGCGGCGGCGGGCAGAGGACUACCACAAAUGCAAAAUCCCCCCUUCUGCAAGAAAGCCUCUUUGCAACUGGGUCAGAAUGGCGGCAGCGGAGCAUCGUCAUUCUUCAGGAUUGCCCCACUGGCCCUACCUCACAGCUGAAACUUUAAAAAACAGGAUGGGCCACCAGCCACCUCCUCCAACUCAACAACGUUCUAUAAUGGAUAACUCCCUGAGCCUCAAGACACCUCCCGAGUGUCCGCUCCAUCCCCUUCCACCCUCAGCGGAUGAUAAUCUCAAGACGCCUCCCGAGUGUCUCCUCACUCCUCUUCCACCCUCAGCUCCACCCUCAGCUCCACCCUCAGCUCCACCCUCAGCGGAUGAUAAUCUCAAGACACCUCCCGAGUGUCUGACCACUCCCCUUCCACCCUCACCUCCACCCUCAGCUCCACCCUCAGCUCCACCCUCAGCGGAUGAUAAUCUCAAGACACCUGCCAAGUGUGUGCUGUAUCCCCUUCCACCCUCAGCGGAUGAUAAUCUCAAGACACCUCCCGAGUGUCUGACCACUCCACUUCCACCCUCACCUCCACCCUCAGCUCCACCCUCACCUCCACCCUCACCUCCACCCUCACCUCCACCCUCACCUCCACCCUCAGCUCCACCCUCACCUCCACCCUCAGCUCCACCCUCACCUCCACCCUCAGCUCCACCCUCAGCUCCACCCUCACCUCCACCCUCAGCUCCACCCUCACCUCCACCCUCAGCUCCACCCUCACCUCCACCCUCAGCUCCACCCUCACCUCCACCCUCAGCGGAUGAUAAUCUCAAGACACCUCCCUUAGCUACUCAGGAGGCUGAGGCAGAAAAACCACCCAAACCCAAGAGGCCGAGGGCCGCUGAUGUGGAAACAUCAUCACCGGAACCCAAGAGGCGGAGGGUCGGUGACGUGGAACCAUCAUCACGCAAACCCAAGAGGCAGAGGGCCGGUGACGUGGACCCAUCAUCACGCAAACCCAAGAGGCGGAGGGCCGAUGACGUGGACCCAUCAUCAUCCAAACCCAAGAGGCGGAGGGCCGAUGACGUGGACCCAUCAUCACGCAAACCCAAGAGGCGGAGGGCCGAUGACGUGGACCCAUCAUCAUCCAAACCCAAGAGGCGGAGGGCUGAUGACGUGGAACCAUCAUCACGCAAACCCAAGAGGCGGAGGUUGAGUUAGCUGAGAACAGGCCAUUGCACUCAAGCCUGAGCAAUAAGAAUAAAAUUGAGUAGAACAAAAUAAAAAAAUCAAAAAA